AUGUUCUUUUCCAAAGGCAGAAAGCUGUCUCUCAAGACGAUCUGCACAGCUCUGACGGCUGUCUCUUUGUUCAGCUUUGGAAAUUUCCUACUCAAGCCCUCAUCAAGCGAUAGACUGGACAUACACGGCACUCCCACGCAAUCUACUAUCUUCGACUCACGACUGUAUGUCCAAGGCCCACCAACCCAACGCUUUCGAGAUAACCUUCGCAACGACACCAAGUACAUUACUUCGUGGGGUUCAGCAGGAUGGACGAAUGACGUGAUAACCUAUGCCAAUUUGAUUUAUCUCGCUCUCAUAACGGAGCGCAUGCCCAUAAUCCCAAAGUUCCUCUCUAAUCAUAUCGACCCAAGCGCACCUCCAUUUGUUUUCGGGGAAGUGUUUGACGUCCCUCGACUUAGUCAAGCCAUAGGCAUUCACUUGCUUCAGUGGCACGAAGUAAAGGACCCGGAAAGUCAGGUUCUCGAUGAUCUUGGUUGUUGGACUGUCUGGGAAACCGUUCAACAGAACAUAGAGAGUCCUGAACCACGGCUAAAUCCCUCCCUGGACGUACUCAAACUCGAUAUCUCGUGGACGCGAACCCCACAUUGGGUCGAGCUCAUAUCUCCUAGUGGCAAACAUGACAAUCACGCAUCCUUUUGGCCCCUCGCAUCACUCGGAUUUCCCGAAGCUCGCUCGAAUAGCCUGAGCUUAUCAUUAAAGAAUCGUCCUUCUCCUCACCAUCAGGUUUCCCUUCCCCCGGAUGAUCACGUAUUAUGCUUCGAUUUGCUUUACUACGUAGGCGCCUAUCAUACAUGGGAAUGGGAAUUAGACUAUUCUCCUGCAUGGAGAUUUGUAGGCCAACACAUGCGAUGGACUGCCAGUAUGGAACAGAUUGCCGAUGCGCAUGCUCGGCACGCUAUGAAUGUACCACCACUAAUUGAACCAACACCUCCUUAUAUAUCCGUCCACAUACGGCAUGGUGACUUCAGCCAGCAAUGCGGGCAGAUUCCUGUAGACCAGUGCUUUGCCCCGUUGUCUGUCAUUGCGCGCAGGGUGUCCGAGGUGCAAGAAGAGCUUCGUACACACAAAGGGAUCGAUGUUACACAUGUUAUCAUGACGAGCGACGAAAGAGACCCGAAAUGGUGGUCAGAGGUUAGGGCGUUGGGGUGGACGUGGGUAGAUUAUAGAGCAGAGCGGACAGAGGAAAUCUAUGGGAAAUGGCAUCCGGUGUUCAUCGACGCUAUCAUUCAGUCGAAUGGAGCUGGCUUCGUUGGCACUCGUGGUUCUACGAUGUCCACACUAGCUAGCCGCAGGGUUGAGUCGUGGCAUGACGGAGCAACGAGGCUCGUUUCAUGGGGUUGGCCGGGCGCUGAUGACCAUUGA